AUGCUCGUCCCCGCCCGCAGUGCCUUCCCUGCGGCCUCCAUCCUCCUUCUGGCUGCCCUGGUCCACGCAGAGACCUCCAAGCCCAAUACAGGCGACCAGCCUCAAGGCUUCACCUUCAUUUACCCCUCCUCGCCCAAUGCCAACUCGGUCACCAUCCCCAUCACCCCUUCAUGUCCUUCCCCGCUCGUCAUCUCCGGUCUUUCCACGACCAACAACCCUCGCUCGGCGGACCCAGCUGCUCCAUAUACCAUGACGAUGCUGGUGCAUGAGCAGCUGAUGGAUGGGGCUGGAUUGCGGUACGAGCGGAUAUACUCGAGGAGCAUGGAUAUUGGAAAUAUGGCGGCGGCGAGGACGGUACAGCAUCCUUGGAUGAAUGGGACGCAGUUCAUUGGGUGUAUCUGGUCGAGUAAUGGUGUCAGUGGGGGCUGUCAGGAUCUGACGACUAUCACCAGCUCUGACGCCACAGCAGCGGCUUACGCCAAUGCAACGUCCGAAUGCCGCUCGACUGCUGUCAUGGGUUCUUGGGUCACCCCUCCAUCCUCCACCCUUGACGUGACGGUCGAGCAUCAAGCCGGCGUGCUCGCCUCAAAUGGCUGGCCUGCCUCGUGCUCCGAUAUCCGCAUCACGCCCAAAAACGGUACAGCCCCCUACACCCUCCUCAUCGCCCCAGCCUUCCACCCACCCGUCAACAUCACAUCGUCCACUCGAUCGUCUAUGAACUACACGGUCCGCCUGACGCACGGGCAGGCGUUCAUGCUCGGCGUAUACGACUCGGCAGGGAACAGCUUUGCGUUCGGACCGCUACAUGCGGGAUAUGCGAGCGAUGUGUCGUGUUUGGCGGUAUUGACGGGCCAGGACAUGCCGGGCGCUAAGUCGGGCGGAGUGAGUGUGGGGAGUCUAGCGGGAGGGAUAGUAGCGGCGUUUCUAGUGGGUGCGGCAGGCGCGGCUUUGGCCUUGUGGGGAUGCGUGAUCAGGAAGCACAAGCGGAGUGGACCUCAUGAGAAGCACGACCUCCUCUUUGACGAGACAAUGACCGCACGCCCCUUCUCCAUGCGCAUCAACUCGGAUCAAUCUUACUCCAACCCAAAACCACUCGACCCCUACCUCGAGACCUCCAUCCGGGGCGGACUACCCUUUGACAGCCCGGACACACUGUACGACCCCCACCUA